AUGACAAAUGUUGUAAUGGUGAGGUGCUAUCUGCUCUGUUUACUAACUCUUGCACUGUGUUGUGCUUGUGGGUUAGUAUGGGCUGAUAGUCCUAAAACUUCUGAUGCCCUUAUUAAACCUUCCACUGUUGGUGUUCCUUCUCUUGUUCAUCGUGCUAUUCCUGCGGAGGAUGUUGGUGGGUUUGAGAUUUUGCUUGAAGAGGAGGACGAAGAUGGUGACACUGAGAAAGAAGAAAAAGAAGUAGCUGUAGAUACCACUAAAAAGAAUAAAACGAAAGAAAGCAAAUCAUUAAGUCUACCUAAGUCAAGGGAAUCUGAAGUUUCUCUUGAACCUUCACAGGUCUCUCAUGAACCACAAGGUAAACAGCCUUCUUCUCGUUCUCCCGCUCCAGAAAAGCCAACUCCUCGUGCUCCUCAACGUGAUGUCAAGCCUAAUACAGAUGACCGUAAUACUGGUAGUCUACCGGAGCAAACCAAGGAUCAGCUUGAAAUUCCAAAGGUUAAAGUGGAACCUGGUAGUGUUAUUGAGUCUAGUCAAGUGGAUGAAGGUUCUGGUGGUUCUUCUGGUGGGAGUUCAGCUUCUAGUUCAUCCAGUGCAGUUUCUCAUCCUUCUCCUCCUACACAUAAUAAUCCAAUACCAGGUAGUCCUGAACCUGUUAUUCCUACACCUGCUUCUCCUGCUGAUGGGAGUAGUGUGGCUGCUGCUGACGAUCAAACUGGAAACAGCGGCAGCAGUCCAACAGGAGAAACUGCAGCUAACCACGGAAAUACAGCACCACAACCUUCUUCUUCUAAGAAACCUGAUACAGGUAAUGCUGGUGAAUCUGAAACUACACUGACAGAGAACGGUACUACAUCUACGGAGAGUGAGUCCACAAACAUCCAAGAAGGUGUUGACAGAAAUACAGAAAACACCACCACAACAACAACACUUCCUCCUGAACUCACAAACAACAAGAAGGGUGAUGCAGACAGCAGCAGCAGUAUCAGCAGUUCUGUGUGGGUGCGUGUA